UAUGGCGGCGACCUCAUUAGGAGGUAUCUUGACGCUUUGCAGGCAAUUUCAAAACGUUUUGAGGGUUUCUGCUGGAUUAAAACCUGCUCAAUACAAGGCUGUCAGCUUGACCAAAUGCCCCUCGUAUUCUCUAAGGCAAAGUUCUCCUCUGGCUGUCCCGUCUUGGCACAGUCACCUCAGCACACCGAGUCAAUGUCAGUUUCUCCACACCACCGUCAGUAGGCCGGGUCUGGAUGAAUUUUUCGACCUUCCUGAAAACUGGGGAGAGUCCACAGUGAAAUCAGGUGCGCCGUGGACCGCAACCAAGCUGAGAGCAAAAAGCAAUGAAGAUUUGCACAAACUCUGGUACGUGCUCUUGAAAGAAAAGAACAUGCUGCUAACCAUUGAGCAGGAGUCAAAAAGACAGAGGCUUCAGAUGCCCAGUCCAGAGAGAGUAAAAAAGGUGGAGAGAUCCAUGAAAAGGCUGGAGAUGGUGGUCAAUGAGAGAGAGACAGCCCUGCGUCUCCUGCAGACUGGCCACGAGAAAGGCACACCAGGAGACUGGAGGAGGAAUGUGUUUGGAAAAGUCUUCUGGCAACGGUUCAAGGAGCACGUCAUCCCGUGGUACAUGAAUAAGCAUUACAAGCGGAGGGUCUACUACACACCAAAAUUUGUCGAACCACACGUGAGGCUCCGUAUAGAGAAGUACCUCCGUGCAAAAGCCAGGAAGGCCAACCUGGAGAAGAGGACACUGGCCAAACUCAAAGAGAAGUUUCCAGAGAUGAAGGUCGCCGCGUGACGCAAAGCGAUACAAGUUCCAUCCUUUUGCAAAUAAAAGGUUUAUGGUGGGUUACUGCGCAUGGGCCUGCGUCUGUCCAUUCACAAUCCUUUUUUUUUUUUGUUCUGCCAAAAUGUCUCAGAUGUGAUGGUAU